AUGGCAGAGAGCAAAGAAAAGGAAAUCCAAAUCCGUGCCCUAACCGGCGAAUCCAUCACUCUUCCCAUCACUCCCACCACAACCAUCCACCACCUCAAGCUUCUCCUCCGCCACUCAUUCCCGCCGGCCACCACCUCCCCCCAUUUCCACCUCUUUUUCAAGGCACCACCACACUCUCUUCCUCUUUCACCAAACGGUGACAAAUUGCGAUUGCAGGCUCAAAUUGCCUCGUACUCCAUCCAAUGCGGCGAGUUCCUCGUCCUCAUUCCCUUUGCCAAAAAGGAGAAUGAGCCUUCUAGAACAUCCGACUCUGCUCAGCCUUCUUCAAAUGUUCCUCACACUGCUAAUGCUUCAAGUUCAACCUGUGAUCUCGCGGAUUCUACGUGGUCCUCCAUUAAGGAGGAUUUAUCACUUUUGCGCGAUGACGCUGAGAAUAAUGCGUCUAAUUCCAACUCUGGAAAAGAAAAACCGUUGGAGACCUCAACCGAAGGGGGUUUAGGACCAGAGAAGCAGAUAGAGCUUCCGUAUCAUCUCAUACUGAACACAUUGCGAGAUAGUUGCGAGGGUGGUGCACUUGGCGAACAUAAUUGUGAGGUUUUCGCGAAGGUUUUGGAGUCUGUGAAUUGUUUAUCGGAACUGCCGCUCGGAUACUGCAAGUUGCUGAAACAGGCUCGUUCGAAAGGAGGUGGUGGUGGCGGCCUGAGAAAACGUGUCAGUGAUGGUGCUAUGUGUUUGUGUCCACCGUGGUUGAAGAUAGUGGUGAAGGCGUUUGCAUUUGUGAAUAUUUUUUCCGCGUUUAUUUAUUUGGAGCGUAGGGUUUUGACCUCAAAACUGCUGGAGGAGGCGCUUAGUGAGCUUGCUAUGUUUGGGGUUACACUUGGCCUCGGUGACAUAAAGAAUCUUUCGCUUCUUUGUCCUCAUCUGUUAUGUUUUGGGGGGGAUGCAGAGAAGACAAGUUUUGGUGAUAUCAUUGUUGUCCUUAAUCAUUCAACUGGCAAUGAAAAUCAAGUUGAAGACAAUCCUAAGAGAGUGCGCAAGUGGUUGUAUGUUUCAAAGAUUGUCAGUACGUUGAAGAGAAGGGACAGUUCUUUCCGAAAAAUUCUAGGGUGGGCUUUUGAGCAGCUGCCGGCAAGGCACGGGACAUUCUUUGCUGAAGGAACUGAUGCAUUUGAAUUUGGAGAUGAGAUGACUGUGGGAAUUUCCGUGGAAGAGUUGCUUGCAGCAGUCAAGGAUCAUGAUUUUGUGAAAAAAGAAGACAAAUCAAAACGUGUAAAGAGAAGCAAAACUACGUCAACAAACGACUUGAACCAUAGGGGGUGUCAUGACACAAAGUCAUUACUGGCUGUGGAGAUGAUUGAUCAUCUUAAGAAAGGAAUUGGAUCAGAAGGGCAGAUUGUGCAUAUUGAAGACAUCUGCGCCAGAAAAGCAAUUUAUAGUGAGAUCCCACUUGAACUAUCGGAGAAAAUGAGAUCUGCAUUGAAGUGUAUUGGAGUUUCCAAAUUUUACAGUCACCAGGCAGAGUCUAUACAAGCUUCCCUUCAUGGCAAAAAUGUUGUUGUAGCUACAAUGACAUCUAGUGGCAAGUCCCUUUGCUAUAAUCUGCCAGUUCUAGAAGUUUUGUCCACAAUUUCAUCUUCUUGUGCUUUGUACAUAUUUCCCACAAAGGCAUUAGCUCAAGAUCAACUAAGAGCUUUGUUACACAUGACAAAAGGAUUUGAUGUUGACUUUAGUAUUGGUAUAUAUGAUGGUGACACUUCUCACAGUGAGAGGAUGUGGCUACGUGAUAAUUCUAGAUUGUUGAUCACCAAUCCAGAUAUGUUACACAUAUCAAUCUUACCCCAUCAUCAACAGUUUUGUCGGAUUUUAUCAAACCUAAGGUUUGUGGUAAUUGAUGAAACUCAUACUUACAAGGGAGCAUUUGGAAGUCACACUGCCCUUAUUUUAAGGAGGCUGAAACGAAUCUGUUCACACGGUUUAUUAAGCCAUGAUUUGUCUGUGUCCCAGGAGCUUGCAAAUUUAUCUACACUAGAGCUAUUUCAGAAUGAUGGAAGUCCAUCUACAAGGAAACUUUUUGUCCUUUGGAACCCUGCUUUGCGUCCAAAAGCUAUCAUCAAAAAAGCUCAGUUUGCUAUGAGUAGUGAUGAGUUGGCUGAUGAAAGUGCUAAUUUUGUUCGUUCAAGCCCUAUUGUGGAUGUUUCUCGCCUUUUUGCUGAAAUGGUUCAGCAUGGUCUUCGCUGUAUUGCAUUUUGUAAAUCACGGAAACUUUGUGAGCUUGUUUUAUCCUACACCCGUGAGAUUCUUCAUGAGACAGGCCCGCAUCUGGUGGAUUCCAUAUGUGCAUAUCGCGGUGGCUACACUGCAGAGGAAAGAAGAAAAAUAGAGAGUUCAUUUUUUGGUGGUAAAAUAUGUGGUGUUGCUGCAACUAAUGCUCUUGAGUUGGGCAUUGAUGUUGGAGAAAUUGAUGCCACUCUGCACCUAGGAUUUCCUGGUAGUAUUGCAAGCUUGUGGCAGCAAGCUGGUAGAGGUGGGAGGAGAAAUAAACCAUCUCUUGCUGUCUAUGUUGCAUUUGGUGGGCCUCUUGAUCAAUACUUCAUGAGGCAUCCCAAGAAACUUUUUGAAAGACCAAUUGAAUGUUGUCAUGUUGAUUCUCAAAACAAGCAGGUUCUUGAACAACAUUUAGUCUGUGCAGCUCACGAACACCCUCUAAGUGUGAACUAUGAUGGACAAUAUUUUGGUCCUUGCUUGGAGAGUGUUAUAAUUUCUCUAAAAGUUAGAGGAUACUUGAGUUCUGUUCUAUCAUGUAAUUCUUCUGGAAUAUGGAACUACAUUGGUCCUGAGAAAUUACCAUCACAUGCAGUCAAUAUCCGAGCAAUAGAAACUGUACGAUACAGUGUCAUAGAUCAGAAAAAAAAUGUAGUCCUUGAAGAGAUAGAGGAAAGCAAGGCAUUCUUUCAGGUAUAUGAAGGUGCUGUGUAUAUGUGCCAGGGGAAAACCUAUUUGGUUGAAAAAUUGGAUCUAUCUAAUAAAACUGCUUUCUGCAAAGAGGCUGAUCUAAAGUAUUACACAAAGACUCGAGAUUACACUGAUAUUCAUGUCAUUGGGGGUAACGUUGCUUAUCCAAUCAAGGUAGAAUCCGACAUGCUUCCAAAAUCAAAUGCCCGGGCUGAUGUAUGCAAAGUAACAACUUCUUGGUUUGGCUUUUAUCGUAUUUGGAGAGGAAGCAAUCAAAUCUUUGAUACUGUUGACCUCUCACUUCCUCAUUACUCAUACGAGUCACAGGCAGUUUGGGUUCCUGUGACACAGUCAAUAAAAGAAGCAGUAGUCAAGCAAAAUUAUGAUUUCCGUGGAGGUCUGCAUGCUGCUUCACAUGCAAUUUUACAUGUAGUGCCUUUACAUAUCACAUGCAACUUGUCUGACUUGGCUCCUGAGUGUGCAAACCCUCAUGAUAGCCGCUAUUACCCCGAAAGAAUUCUAAUAUAUGAUCAACAUCCUGGAGGGUGUGGAAUUUCAGUACAGGUUCAACCCUAUUUCACGAAGUUCCUGGCAGCCGCACUAGAGCUUCUCACAUGUUGCUGCUGCUCAGCGGAAGUAGGUUGCCCUAAUUGUGUUCAGAGCUUUGCUUGCCAUGAAUAUAACGAGGUUUUACACAAGGAUGCAGCCAUCAUGAUCAUCAAGGGUAUUCUGGAUGCGGGAAACUAG